AUGUCGCUCCGUCAUUACCUCGUUGUUUUUGUGUUGAUUGGCCAGCUCAUCACCGACACUUACGCGUUCGUACUACCCGAAACAAAAAUUUGGCUCCCUCACACCCCGCCGGCCGAAUCAAUGGCGGCAGCCACUUCUUCAAGCUCAUUCCUGAACCUGCCUCAUAAAGAAGCAAUAUCCGCUUUCAAAACUCUGUUUGUUCAACGCAAAAUACCCCCAACUGAACUUUUCCACAAAGUGUUACACUGGCUUCUGAGCCCCAAUUCCAUGUCUUGCAAAGAUCUAGUGGAAUGGUGCGACGCACUCGCCGAUGCAGUGAUUGCCCGCGAUGGCUGCAGAUUCGGGAAGAAUUCUAUUCCAAUCAUUUUCGGUCUUCAAACUCUCCGGCUCCGCAAUACACUUUUCAUGAGGAACUUGAGUGAAACGGUGAAACGCCUUCUGCCAGAGGAACCCAGACUCUACAAUCGCGAGAGUACAUGGGAACCAUGGAUUCAUGAACUCAAACACCCCUAUCACAGGUUCAGUAAGCCACUUCGUGAAUGGGGACCUCUCAAAGCGCUGUUAAUGAGUGAACCAAGGUUAAGCUCUCUAGGAUCCGCCAUCCAUUCCCGUCAACCGGAAUCUAUCAUCGAAAAACUGAACCCAACCAUCAAAGAAAUCUUCUCGAGAGAAUCAGCCGGAGACGUAUCUAGUGAAACCAGAUUAGUCGCGAUAGCGACACUCGUAUAUUUGUUGAAAAAUGCACCCGACAAGUAUGUUGGGGAGAAGGCCGAUCAACUAAUGAAUUCACUCAUCAACCCUCACAACGGCUACGUCUUGCUCAGCCAUGAACGUACACUACUGGGAACGCCGUUGAUCAAACGCUUCGAACAACACCAUUCAAUAAAGGUACCAAUGCGCUUCUGGCUGGGUGUGGGACAUCCCCCCGUACGUGAAGGUCAAUCUAUCCAAAAGGAUUGGUGA